AUGGCACCGGACUGGAAGUUGCUAUACCUCUAUGGAGGCGACAGUCCCUGGGAUUCCAGUCUCUGGACUGAUUCUGACGACCGAGUCCGCGGCGGAAAGAGCCAGUCUCACAUGCACUGCGAAUCGCCGGAGAAAGCUCGAUUUUUUGGUCACCUAGACAUCACCACCCUCGGAGCAGCUGGAUUCGCGUCUCAGAGGACUCUUGGUACACUCCAUCUGGAUUUGAGGCAGUAUGAUGGUUUCGUCAUCAGAAUCCUUGAGAGCGACUCCAAAAAGUACACUCUUACUGUCAAGGACGAGAUCCUGCCUCCCCGGGACGAUGGCCGCGACCAGAGCACAAUCAGCUGGGAGUACGACUUCGUCUGUGAUACUGGCGACGUGAAAAUCCUCUGGAGCGACUUCAAACCCACAUACAGGGGCAAACCCAAGCUUGAUGCCAAGCCGCUGGACUUAUCCAGUAUUAAGAGAAUCAGUUUCAUGAUGCGAAGGUAA